AAUUUUUCUCUUUCUCGUUUUCCCCGUCUCUGUGUGGCUUCCACCGCUGAGGUGUCUGAAGAUAAGGUUGGAUUUCUGGGAUGAGUAAAAGUCUCUGACCUCCGCCAUAUCCAAUCAUUAGUUGCAAAUUCUUGGAUCCGGAGAUCUAAACAGCCACCCACGUCUUCGAUUCACUCCACAGACGGCCCAUGUUCAUAAGACGAUGCCCAACACGAUUUACCCAUAAGUCCAGCAUUCUUCGAUAGGAAACGACCAUACGUUAAGAGCCAUGAAAUUAUGGCUAUUAGCCUUUGCGGUUCUGGCUACCGCACCAGAAGCCUUUAGCCAGACCACCGGCUCGAGUCUCUCAGGUAUCGAAGCUGUGGCAGAGAUGCCCGCGUGUGCUCGCGAGUGCUUUGCUCAAUCGCUUGCCGCAUCGCAAUGUCAGGCGACGAACACAACUUGCAUAUGCACGAACCCAACGCUGCAGCAGGAUAUGCAAGGCUGCGUCUUGAAAAGUUGCAAAACCAUAGAAGCUCUGCAAACACAGAACCUGACAUCGGUAGCCUGCAACCAGCCCAUCAGAGACAAAUCAAAACAAUACAUAGCCCUCAGCAACACCUUUGGCGUCUUGGCCGGCGUCUUUGUUCUUCAACGACUUGCAUAUAAGAUCUGGGCCAGGAUGGGACUGAGCGGGGAUGAUUGGAUGGCUUUGGCGACUAUUUUCGUGGGUAUCCCGAGUACCACCAUCAGCGCUCAUGGAGUGACGAAACCUGGACUCGGCCGGGAUAUCUGGACCCUGCGGCCUGCAGAUAUUACUAGGUUUGGUCUCUUCUUCUGGAUUUUGGAAUGGAGCUAUUUCGCAGAAGUCUCCAUGAUCAAGCUCUCCGUCCUACUCUUCUAUAUUCGCAUCUUCCCGAGCCCCGGAGUACGUCGCCUGCUCUGGGGAACCUUUAUUUUCGUCACGCUUUACGGUAUCGCGUUUGUCCUGGUUGCUAUAUUCCAAUGCACGCCUGUUAAAUUUUAUUGGGAAAAGUGGGAUGGGUUACACCAAGGCACAUGCUUGGAUAUAAACGCCAUUGCCUGGACGAAUGCUGCCAUCAGCAUAGCGACUGAUAUUUGGAUUUUGGCCAUUCCACUGUGGCAGCUCAAAAGUCUCAAUUUGGACUGGAGGCGCAAGCUUGGUGUUGGAGUCAUGUUUUGCGUUGGUGCCUUUGUCACUGUCGUCAGCAUAUUGCGUCUCAGGUCUCUUAUUCAAUUCGGCACCGAUAGCCUUAAUCCCACGUGGGAUUUUUACGAUGUCAGCGUUUGGUCCGUUGUGGAGAUUAAUACCGGGCUGAUCUGUAUCUGCUUGCCCUCCCUCCGUCUUCUGCUCGUCCGCAUCUUCCCCAAGCUACAGGGCACAACGGAACGAUACUAUGGAAAGAACUCGAAACGAAACCGAACGGCAAGCAACAAACGGGCAAGUCGACUUCCUCUGGGACAUAGCGCUGGUUCGCAUGUCGACAGAUCACAACCUCAUCCCGAUAUUGAAGGCAACCGAAUUGCCUAUCACACGUCAUACACGGUUGAGUAUGGCGACAACGACACGGUUCAACUGGUAAACAUGAACGAUAAGUUCAGCGCUAGGUCAGAUGUCAGAUCUGAAGUAUCAUGACAAGACUAAGGCUGUCUUUUCUUUUGCGCUUACUUUUUUUAUUUUUUUUUUAUGUACACUUAGCUCUAAUGAGCAUGGGAGGGAAAUACCUUGGCGCGACGACUUGAAAAUGUUUAGACCAUCUAUACCUAUUCACAGAGGAAUCCGCAUCACAUCAUGCGUGUGAUGACUUUUAGAGCCUACUACCUUGAUGGUAGUUCACGA